AUGGUCUACCCAUUGGACUAUCUCCAACACCGCCGUGACUGCAAAUUCAAGCAGUCAGAACGCGCGGAUAGGAUCAGCCGCCUCACAGCCUACCAGGGCCCUUUCUCAUCUCAAGACCGCCAGAUCCUAGACAGGCCCAUCGGCGAGCUCGUACAAGAUGUCCACAGGACCGUCCUGAAGCCAAUUGACAUCCUGAAAACCUACGGCAAGGUCGCCCUCAAGGCUCAUGAGCGCACGAACUGCCUCACGGAGAUUAUGAUCUCGGACGCCGAGAAGUGGGUUGAGGACGGCUCGAUCAACAUGAAGGGGCCCCUGGCUGGCAUCCCCGUCAGCCUCAAGGACACCAUCGUGGUGGGCGGCUACGACACCACCGUUGGCUUCAGCAGCUUCGUGGGGAACAAGACGCCGCUGGACGGCCCUGUGGUGCGGCUGCUGAAGGACGCCGGCGCGGUGCCGUACGUCAAGACGAAUCUGCCCAUCACCCUCCUCAGCUUCGAGUCCACCAACGACGUCUGGGGCCGGUGCACGAACCCGCACAACACGAAGUACUCCCCGGGAGGCUCUACGGGCGGCGAGAGCGCGCUGCUGGCGAUGGGCGGACGCAUCGGCAUCGGCAGCGACGUCGCCGGCAGCGUGCGCGCCCCCGCUCACUUCUCCGGCUGCUACAGCCUCCGCUGCUCGACGGGCCGCUGGCCGAAGCUGGGCUUCUGCACGAGCAUGCCCGGCCAGGAGGGCGUGCCCUCGGUGUACAGCCCCAUGACGCGGACCCUCGACGACCUGCGGUACUUCACCCGCGCCGUCGUCGACAUGGAGCCGUGGAAAUACGACUACAGCGUGCACCCACUGGCGUGGCGGGACGACGUCGAGAAGGAGUACCUUGAAAAGCCCAGGCUGCGGGUGGGCGUCAUGCGCACCGACUGCGUGGUCGACCCCAGCCCGGCGUGCCGCCGCGCGCUCGAGAUGGUCGAGGUCGCGCUGCGGAAGGACGGCCACGAGAUCGUCGAGAUCAGCCCGCCGUCGCCGUACGAGGCGCUCAAGACGGCGGCGCUGGCGCUCAACGCCGACGGGUGCAAAAUGUUCGACUCCUUCUUCCGCGCCGGCGAGUGGAACGACCCCGGCGCCGCGCAGAUGAAGUUCCUCAUGAACCUGCCCGGCCCGCUGCGGUACGCGUACUACCUGUGGGUGAAGUACGUCCGCCGGGACGCCAUCUGGGCGGACCUGAUCCGCGACUGGCGCCCGCAGACGGCGUUUGAGAACUGGAAGCUCGUCGCGCGGAGGGAGGCGCACCGGCUGGACUGGUUCAACUGGUGGAACAAGGUCGAGGUCGACUUCCUCAUCACCCCGCCCAACGCGACGCCCGCUGUGCCGCAUGACGGUAUGAAGGACGCCUGCAGCAGCUGCGGGUACACUUUCCUCUUCAACCUGCUCGAUUACACCGCCGGCGUCAUCCCCGUGACCCACGUAGACAAGGACCUAGACCAGCUCCCUGCGGACUUCAACAUCAAGAAGCUGAACGGCAUCGCUCAGGGCGCGUAUAAGCUGUACAACGCCAAGGACAUGCACGGUCUCCCCGUUGGAGUUCAGGUCGUCGGCAGGAGGUUGGAGGAGGAGAAGGUUCUCUCCAUCAUGAAGAGGGUCGAGGAUGCUUUGGGAGAUGACAAGUACAAGCUGCUUGAGAUUGACUAG